AUGGCGGAGAUCGUAGACCUGUCGCUGCAGAAGCUGCGGCAUGACAACGAGGUGGAUGGCAUUGACAUCAAUAUUGAGAAAGUGCAUACCAAUAUGGUGCUCCCAAGUACCUACUCAGUGUCACUGGUGACGACCACCGUGGCUCCGACCAGCUACAGCCGUGGUGAGUGCAUGUGCCAGCAAGGCUUCUUCCUGCAUUGGACCACCAAGGAGUGCGUUCCGCAGAAGCCGUGGGGAUUCGAAUGUGGCUUCUACCCCCGGCAGCAGCAGAACCGGGUCUGUCAGGAUGGCCUCAGCUGCAAGACGCUGAAUGUCACUGACACUUACGAGUCAUCGGGCAAGUACAAAGGCUGGGCGUCCACAGCGCCCGCCACCUGCGAGUACUGCACGGCCGAGGACGACUGCAAGACCGGCAGUGCCAGGCACUUGAAGGACUGCGUCCGCACGGGCGACAUUAAGCGUAUGGAGGAGGAGGCGGCCGCCGAGGAGAAAGAGCUCGAGCCUUGGGAGGACGACGAGGUCUUCGAGGCCUGGGGUCGGAAGGGCGCCGAAGAUCCCGAGGAGGAGAAGGAGGGAUUGAAGCCUUUCGGCCGCCAAGAGCCGAAGAUGUGCGUGACCGUGAAGGUCACCAUUCCUGCCCUCACCGUCCACGACAAGAGCAUGCGAAUCAUUGAAGCCAAGAUCAACACGACUUUGGAGGUCCUGGCCAACGCGACCCAGAAGGCCGAUGCCAACGCGACGGCAACAGCCAAGACGGUGCGUAAAGCUGUUGUGGAGGCCCAGGCCGAAGCCAACGCCAGCUACAACGCCACGGCGGCAGCAGAAGCCACCUACACGGCAUAUGCGGAAGCGACCGACACGGCGACCGCCGUCUACAAGGCCGUGGCCACUGCUGAAGCCAAGCGCAAAGUCAAGGAUGACGGCAGCAAGGCACAGAUUGCGUCCGAAGCCACGGCGGCUGCACGCAGCAAUGGCAAGGCCAGUGCCAAGGAGAUCGCCAAUGCCACGAGGACCGUCACUGCGCAAGGUGCAGCAGGUGCAACGGUCAAGCUCAAGCAGACGGGACACGGCAAAGCCGAGGCCGAGGCUGAAAGGAACGCCACGGUGCACAUCCAGGACACAGCGACGGUCACGAAGAAACGGACCGUCGAAGUCGAGGGCGUCGGCACCAUGACCAAGGAGUUCAAGGCCACGGCCACGGCCAAAGCUAUCGUGGAGACAAAGGCGUGCAUCUCUGCCCGCCAGGCCAAGCAGAUGCUGAGCCAGGACAGCUUAAGGCAGUCGGGAGUGCCAUUUGCCCGGGCCGUCUACAAGAAGGCAGAGCGAGAAGCUUACGCCCAGGCCAAGGAGAAGGCAACCAGCUCGGCCAUCAACUUGGCAACGAAGGCAGCGAAAGAUCGGAUCGACGCCGACAUCGAGGCUCAGGUGGCGAAGUACACCGAGGAGCACCGAUCGAAGCUUGAGAAGAUCGCGCUCGAAGACGCCAUGAACAGCACUGUGGGAGUCAAGAAGAUGCUGCAGGAGGCCGCAGUGAAGGAAGCCAUGGCUCAGGCAGUGGACAAGGUCAAGGCCCGAGCACCUUUGGUGGCGCAGAUGAAAGCCGAUGCUGAGGUCAAGAAAGCAGCCGAGGAUGAGGCCACCAAGGAGGCCACCAAAAUUGCGCAGAAGGAAGCCCGGGACGGUCUCAAGCGCAAGGCAAUGGUCAAAGCCAGGGAAGAAGCACAGGAGAACGCUAACGAGAAAGCCAAGGCAAACGCCUUCCAAGAGGCAAAGAAAGCAGCAGAAGAUGCGGCCAAGGAGAAGGCUGUGAAGGAGGCCCGUGAGGCUGCGGAAGAGGAGGCGGAAAAGAAAGCAAAGGCGGCUUUGGCGUAG